AAAUCCGCGGCCACACUUUUUGCGGCAUCGAGCAAAUUUUCUGCGAAAAUUUGUAAUUUGUUUUUCAAUUAAAUGGUUUAAUUUGCUGCAAGCUACAACAAAGGUUUCCACACAUCUCACAGGCUAGGGAGGCUUCGAACGCCCAGUGGCUCAAGAGUGUGCUUAUUUGAUAUAGAGCAGUAAGUUAAUGUGUCAAUGUUAGUCGCGCUCUUUGCGCUCGCACAGUUGCCAAUAUUUCGUAAGCCGACGCCGCCGACACCGCCACCGCCACCUCCAUCUUCAUCGUCGCGUCCCCAAUUGUCAAGGUGUGGCAAAGCAACAAAAGCAAACGCAUCCGCCCAUUUAACAUCCCCAACGAUCUUCACAAUAUCCGAGAUGAACACCAACGCUGACCAGGAUCAGGGCCAUGCCAUAGCCGCCAAUGGGAAUGCCGCCGACUCCAAUGAUAUUGAAACGAUCCAUUUCAAUCCGCACGAGAAGCAAAUCUGUCGCAUCAUCAAAACGAAUCAUACGAAAAUCUUGGCAUCCGCCUCUGUCCAUACGCGGGGUUCGUCAAAGGUCAAGCUAAAGAACAUUGUCGACUACAAAUGGGAGCGCAAAUACUAUUAUCCUGGCCAUUUGGUGGCCGUCCAUCGUGAUGGCAAACACCUGGCCUAUGCCAUCAACGUCAACAACAAGGCCACCGGCAUGGAGGGCAUGGUGCGUGUCUGCAAUAUCAGCACCAGCAUGCGUGCCCUUAUCAAGGGUAUGAGCGGCGAGGUCUUGGAUCUGCAGUUCGCCCACACAGAUCGGGAACGUAUACUGGCUGUGAUCGACAUGAGCUCCCUUUUCGUAUACAAAAUCGAUCUGAUCGAAGGAAAUCUGCUGUGCAAUCUGGUGUUGAAAGUCGAGGAUCCCAUUUCCAACUAUCAGCCCGAGUACGAUAUGGUCUCCUGGUGUCCGUAUGUGUGCAAUAGCUCGAGUGCAGGUGCCCCCAGUGAGGAUGAUGAUGAGAAUCAGCUAUUGAUUUGGUCGCGCAGCCGACAGUUUCAGGUCUUUCAUGUGAAAAUGAUCAUCAGUGAGCAUGGGCGUGGCAAGAUCAAUCCUAAUGUCCUGGAUGCUGGCUAUCUUAAGAUUGAGGAGGAUUCGUUGAUCACCUGCGCCGCUCUUUCGCCCGAUGGCACCACAGUGGCCGCCGCCUGUGCCGAUGGCCUGGUGCGUUUCUAUCAAAUCUACUUCUUUGAUGUCCGCAAUCUACGCUGCCUGCACGAAUGGAAGCCCCACGAUGGCAAGAAAGUCAAUUCGUUGUUUUUCCUGGACAACAUCAACAAGCCAGUGGAGGAAUCCUACUGGCAGCACGUAAUCACCACCAGCGACAACAACACGGAAAUCAAGCUGUGGAACUGCUCGUUGUGGGAGUGCCUGCAGACCAUCAAUAUUGUGGCCGCUCUGGCCGUACCCGGACAGUUUAUUGCUGGCAUCGAUCGAAGUGCCAACUAUUUGGUGGUGUCCUGCCUGGAUAGCCUGGCUGUUUAUGUCAUGCAGAUUGGCAGCGCCAGCGGCAGUGAGACGGGAGAUGCGGGCGAACUCAGUGAUGGCGAGGGUAACGAUCAGCGAAUCCAAAACGUGGCCGAGUUCAAGCUCAGCUCGGGAAUACUCUCCUUCUCGAUUGUGAACGCCGCCAUGCGGCGUCUGAAGAGCUCUGUGGAGAGCUACUAUCCUUUGGAGGAGCCGGACGACUUUGAUGAUGAGAACAAUUCCACAUACGCGCUGGUGGUGCACAUGUUUGUCGUGCAGGCCAAGAGCCUGCAGGAGUGCCACAUCAUCUACCAGCCGUGUGUGCCCGAGAAGACUGAACGCAAGAGUCUGACUAGCAGCAGCAUUAGCAGCAUUCCGAGCAAGCAGCGUUCCGAGACGCCUGAAGAUAAUCUGUUGCUCCUCAAAAAGGAGACGACUGUCUCGCCCAACAGUGGAGCAGGUUCAGGCAGUGUUCCACUCGACGCACUGUUUGCCAAGUCCGCUAAGAGAGCAGCGGCUGCCUCUGCGGGUGGCAGCAGCUCUUCUGCUGUGGUGGCAAUGGCUGUAGCUGCUGCCGCCGCACCUUCAGCCAUCCUCCAGCAGGCCAUAGACGCUGCAACGACCAUUAAAUCGAGAUCCGCUUCGCCCCAGUUUGGCAGCGCCUAUCCGCAGGUGAAUCUUAUGACACCAGAUGCUUUUAGUGCGAGUGGAACACAGUCCAGCAGCACAGCGACCACCGCUGUGGUGGUGGCCACCAGCACCACAACCACCACAGGGACUGUAUCUACCGGAGCAGGCCCCGUCCCAGCGGUGACUGCGGCCACCGAUGCCAUUGACUCUCAGGUCUUGAAUACUCUCCGCAUGCUGGCCACCGUGACGGGCGGCAAAGCAGGCGAAAAUUCCAAUGCGAAUAUCCUCAAUUUGAUGAACAAUACCCUCAUAGAGGAUCUCGAACAGCAAAAGAUCAAAGACAAGUUUGAGGCGCGCAAAAAGUUCAUAGCCAUCGAUCGGAAUCCCGAGCGAAAUCUAGCCGAGAACUUGGCCAGCGGUGGCUCGAGUCCCAGUCGUGAGGUGCAGGAGAUUAUGGCCACACAGGAGGAUGCCGAUGAUGCCUACGAGGCGGAGCUGGAUAAUCUAGACGACGACGACGACGACGACGAUGAUGAUGAAGAGGAGGAGGAGGAGCUGGCAAACUCGUCACCCCUGCUGGAGCCGGUUGAUGCCAAAUGGCUGGCAGAGACGGCCAAGGUGAAGCUCGUAAAGAAAUCGGCAGAACUGCAGAAUGCAGCACAGAUCAUGUCGCAGGCGGUGCAGCACAAGAACAAUGGCAACGUGCCGCCAACACUGGGCGGUGGCAGCAUCAAUAGCAACAGCAACAACAACACUGGUACAACUUUGAAUACGAGCAACAGCAGCAGCCACAAUGCUGGCGAGGGCGAGAGCACGGCAGGUGGAAAUGCAGAGCUAAAUGAUAAAAUCGAUCUGUUAUUGGAUCUGGUCAAGGCACAAUCUAAGCAGCUGCACAAGCUGGAGAACGAGGUGUCCAAGCUACAGCUGCAACAGCAACAAACGGCGGCAGUGGCAGUGGCGGCAGCAACAGCAGCACAGUCUACCAAAAGCGAUACCUCCUUGGAGCCCAAGAAUGUCAAUCAGUUGGCAUACAAAAUCGAAAUGCAGCUCUCCAAGCUAAUGGAACAGUAUCUGAAGCGAUACGAGAACGAGCACACGAAAAAGUUGUCCGAGUUUCUGCAGGCGCGCGAGAACCAGAAUCGUGAACUCCGGGAAUCUGUGGUGGCCGUUCUCAAUCAGUAUGUGCUCACUCAUUUUACGGACAUCAUUGGCAACGUACUAAACAUGGAACUGCAGCGUCAAUUGUUGCCCAGGGUGAAUGCCAAAAUGGAUCAACUCCAGGCCCAAAUACAGGUGGAGUUUGUCCAAAAGUUGGGCGUCUUUGAGAAGGCUGUCAAGGAAAAUAUUGCUCAAGUAUGCAAAAGCAAGCAAUUUAUUGAUUCCUUCGGCAAGUCAGUGCUGAUAGGUGUCCAAAGCAGCCUACAGUCAGCCUUCAUAGAGUCCAUGGGCAGCACUCUGAUACCGGCGUAUGAAAAGUCCUCGCAGAAUAUGUUCCAGCAGCUACACGAUGCCUUCACUGUGGGGAUUAAGGAGUUCAUGGUCCAAUUCAAUGCCUACCUGCAGCAGAUGCCACAGCAACAAGGCGCUGGUGCUGGCAACUGGGAUGAGCUCAAUAAUAAGCUCGGCCUUUUAAAGCAAUUGGUCGAAAGUAAUCUGCUCAAGCAUCGCACCGAACUCACGGACGCCAUGCUGGAGACCCAGCGUGAGGUCAAGAGCCUGGAGAUUCUAUUAGCCCGCCAGGUGCAGGAGACCAUACGAGCGGAGCUGCGCAAGUUUCUGGAGAACCAGAACUUGGCCAUGCGCUCGCAGGCGGCCACACCAGCGCAAUCGUACGAUUUGAGGGACAACAUUAAGCAGCUGCUGCAUGCGGGGCAGACAAAUAAGGCCUUCCACCAGGCGCUGCUGGCCAACGAUUUGAAUCUGGUGGAGUAUACGCUGCGACACACGGACAGCAACCAGGCCUUUGCCCCAGAGGGAUGCAGGCUAGAGCAGAAAGUCCUGCUGUCGCUCAUUCAGCAAAUCUCCGCUGACAUGACCAAUCAUAAUGAGCUUAAACAGAGAUACCUCAAUGAGGCGCUGCUGGCCAUCAAUAUGGUGGAUCCCAUUACCCGCGAGCAUGCCCCCAAGGUGCUCUCCGAGCUGUACCGCAAUUGCCAGCUGUUCAUCAAGAAUUGUCCCAAGAGCACGCAGUGCAGCAAUGUCCGACUACUCAUGAAGGCCAUCAUGUCGUAUCGGGAUCAGCUGAAAUGAUAUCACGAGAAUUACAACAUGGCCAGUGGCUGGUAUUGAUUGAUAGUGUGCCCCCGAUACCCAUCCCAUCCAUCCAUCCCCCGAUCCCUAUUCAAUAUACACACACACACACACACGCUUGUAGAAGAGGAGUAGAGUCCCAAAAACAACAACUGCAGCUAAAAUGUUGAAAUUCCAUCGGGAUUUAAAUUAAAUUUGUUUAUUUCUUUCGUCUCUGUGCGCGUGUGCUUUUCGUUUUAGCUUAAGGGACUUGUAAGUUUUUGUUCUCUCGUUUAAGAUCCCGGCAAUAUUUUGUUCUUUAUAAUUUUUCCCUUUUCUUUAUUGCACGCGAGCUGCGAGCAGUUCCCGGCGUGUGUUUUAAUUUUCGUUCCCUGAGGUUCUUCUAUUUUAAUUUUUAUGACGCUUAUAAAAGAAGGGAGAACAGAAAAAAAAAUACGAGCUGUAGAAAUUAAUUUUAAAAAUGAUUUCCAACAUAAAAACAAUUACGUUACUUUUAACACACACACGCAAAAAUUAUGAUUGCAAACGCAAAAAAAACUAAAAGUAAAAUCGUAAAUUAUAUGCUAAAAGUAAAACAAAAAAGAACAAGAAAAGAUAAACUAAAAAUUAUAAUUAUAAAAGUAAAA